CGACACUCAUCUUCCUUCUCCCUGCCUGAGAUCUCUUUCUCAAUCAAUAUAUCCAUUUGCCUCCUUCUUCUACAAGCUCACAAAACUAUCAUUUUAUUGACUUUUUUGAAGAAUGGAGAAGGGUGGGCAGUAUGAAACUGGCUCUGAUUACUUGAAAGGCGCACACUCUAUGUGGAAUAUGCUGCCUCACCAUCAGAUCAAAGAGCAACACAAUGCCUUGGUCAUGAACAAAAAGAUCAUGUCCAUCCUCGCCGAAAGAGACGCUGCUAUUCACGAAAGAAACCAAGCCGUCUCUGCUAAAAUCGAAGCUCUUGCAGCUCGAGACCAAGCCCUCCAGCAACGCGACAAGGCCCUGACCGAACGAGAUAAAGCUUUGAUUGAGAGGGACAAUGCUUUUGCUGCCCUUCAACACCAUGAAAACAGUCUUAACUUUGCUUUGUCCGGUGGGAAACGCUGUCAAGGCCAUGAUGAUGAUGAUGGCUUGUUGUUCACUAUUGAUGAUGUCUGCCCUACUACAUCAACUACUACCAAAAGGAAAAAGAGGAGCAAGCAAGGACUACCAAAAGGAAAGAAAGUGGGUGAAGAUCUGAACCUUCUAGUUGCUGCUGCUGCUGCUCCUGGAAAGAAAUGUAAAAAAGAUUGGGACACUAACCAUUUCGGUUUAAACUUAGUCACCUUCGAUGAGAAGACUAUGCCCGUGCCGGUUUGCACAUGCACAGGCUCUGCACAUCAGUGUUACAAAUGGGGGAAUGGUGGUUGGCAAUCCUCUUGCUGCACAACCACCUUGUCGCAGUAUCCAUUACCGCAGAUGGCAAACAAGAGGCAUUCUCGGGUGGGUGGUAGGAAAAUGAGCGGAAACGUUUUCUCCAGAUUACUAAGCCAUUUAGCAGGGGAAGGAUAUGAUCUCUCGUCUCAUGUUGACCUAAAAGACUAUUGGGCUAGGCACGGGACCAACCGCUACAUCACUAUCAAGUAACUAGCCUCCACGGUCUACAACUAUUUUAUUCUUGUUACUAAGUUAAGGUUUUGUUUGUGUAUGGUUAAUCCAAAUAUGCUUUGUAUAGUUUGAAUAUGUUUUGAUUUUAAAACGAACUAGAUUUUGAUCCGCACAAUCACGCAGAUGUUUGUUUUCAUUUUUAUAUACAUAAAUAUUUUCCUUAGAACAUAAGUG